AUGCAGGACUUUCGUCAACCCCAUUACCUGGAUGGGGCUCAGAAAGUCUUGGAUCCACUGCUGCACCCGCUCGCUCCCGCCCCUGAGGAGCGGGCGCUUCUCUUCGCCAUCCUCGCCCCUCACGGGCUGCGGGCCCGCGCGGGCCCUUUAAGAACAGCGGGCCCGGCGAGCUGUAGCUCGGAGGGGCACGCAGUCGCCCAGCGGGCUCGGGAGGACGAGGAACCGAAGAUCGGGCUGCGGGGACCGUGUGCUGUGGCUGCCGCCCUGCACCUCCCCCUCCACAUACCCCCCAGCCCACACCUGCCCAGCCCCUCCCUGCCCGCCCUGAGCCCCCACCGGGACUCAGACACCCCAUCUGCCCCAGUCCUCCUGACCAGCAAGGACGGGGGGCAGCUGCCACCGGACGAGGCCCUGGACGAGGCCGUGCCGGAGUACCGGGCGCCGGGCAGGAAGAGCCUCCUGGAGAUCCAGCAGCUGGACCCAAACGACGAGAGCCUGGUCAAGUACAAGCGGGCCCUGCUGGGGCCCCUGCCGCCCGCCGUGGACCCCAGCCUGCCCAACGUGCAGGUGACCAGGCUGACGCUGAUGUCGGAGCAGGCUCCAGGGCCCAUCACCAUGGACCUCACAGGGGGCCUGGCCGCGCUGAAGAGUGGGGUGUUCGUUCUGAAGGAAGGGGUUGACUACAGAGUGAAGAUCACCUUCAAGGUGAGGUGGGCAGGGGCCCGGCCCCGCCCCGGCCCUGGCCGCCGGGACCGGGAGCCGGGACGCGGUGCUGCGGCCAGAGGCAGGUGA